CCAUUAUGACCGCACUGCGAUGGAAUACUCUUAGACGCUACGGAACCACAUCCUCGCAGCAUCUUCCUCUUUCAGGAAUCCGCGUUUUGGAAAUGGGACAGGUGAUCGCUGGGCCAUUUGCCGGGCAACUGCUCGGACAAUUUGGCGCCGAAGUCAUCAAAGUAGAACCUCCUCGUCUCGGCGAUCCUCUUCGUGUCUGGCGCGAGUUGGAUACAGACGGUACGAGCCCCUGGUUUCGGAGUAUUGGCCGAAACAAGAAGAGUAUUGCCAUCGACCUACGAAAAGCCGAAGGCAGAGAAUUGGUCAAACAACUAGCCAUUAAGAGCGACGUGCUUUUGGAGAAUUUUAAGCCUGGAACCCUAGAAAAGUGGGGUCUGAGUCCCGAGGCUCUGCACCCACACAAUCCUUCUUUGAUCUUUACCCGAGUGAGUGGUUAUGGUCAGACGGGACCGUGGUCACCGCGUCCCGGCUAUGCUUCUGUCUGUGAAGCCGAAUCCGGGUUUCGUUAUAUAAAUGGAUUCCCCGACCCUAAGACUGGAGGCCUUACCGGCCCACCGGUGCGGCCAAACAUCAGCUUAGGUGACUCAGUUGCAGGUCUCCAUGCUGCAUUUGGAACUGUGCUGGCUUUGCUGUCGAGGCAAUCCAAAAUCGAACGCGGCGAGAAGGGUGGUACAACCGUCGACGUUAGUAUUCUAGAAAGUAUGUUAAACCUUAUGGAGGGAGUAAUACCAGAAUAUGAUCGGAAAGGAAAGAUUCGCGGGCCAUCAGGCUCUUCCGUCACGGGAAUCGUACCGACAAAUGCCUAUCCUUGUCUUCCUGAGCCAGGAUCGUCCACAUCGACGUUCAUCGUUAUCGGAGCGAAUGCGGAUAACAUGUACAAUCGACUCAUGGCAGCGAUCGGACAUACCGAACUGACUGGUCCUGACUACGCGCAGAACCAACACCGUGUGCAACGACAAGCCGAAAUCGAGAAAGCGAUCUCGGACUGGACGAGCGAGAAGACGACUGAGGAGAUUAUAGAUGUCAUGAAUGCAGCUGGCGUCCCUGUCGGGCGAGUCGUCAAUGUGAAGGAUAUUGUAGAGAGCGAGCAUAAUCAGGCGCGAGGCGCUAUCGAGAAUGUCUGGGUGGAUGGUAGGGACGGCGAGGGAUGGAAUGUGAAGAUGCUGGGAACUUUCCCUCGGAUCGAAGGUUUUGAUCUCACCCCGCGUUGGGCUGGUCCCGAUUUGGGCGAACACACGGACGUUGUAUUGGAGGAAUUGCUAGGUUUGAGGAAGGAGGAGGUGGAGAAAUUACGCGGAGAUGGUAUAAUAGGUUGAAUGACCGCGACUUCCGCAAGAGUCUCAGUUUUUCUUUAUACCUCACCUCGUCAUAAGUCCAAAAGAGGCCUAGGAUCGGACGAUUAUUUUCAUUAGCACAGACAUGAAUAAAA